CGAAAAAGAAACAAACACAAAUCAAAAGCAUAUUUUUAUUUCUCCCCUCCAAGAACCCUAAACCCAUUCCCCACUUCGAUCGACAAACUCGAAAAAUCAAAGAUUUAUUGGGAUUUAUUAAUCCGAUUGUAUUUUGUCCGGACAUAAACUUCGCUCCAAUCUACGCUUGAAUAAUGACUACGCCAAUUAUUGCAGGUGCUGCUGUAGCUGCAGCUGCUUAUGCUGGUAGAUAUGGUAUAUUGGCUUGGCAAGCUUUCAAAGCUAGGCCACGUGUGCCUAGAAUGCGCAGGUUUUAUGAAGGUGGUUUCCAAGCUUCUAUGACACGCCGAGAAGCUGCGCUCAUUCUUGGAGUUAGGGAGAGUGUUGUUGCAGAGAAGGUGAAGGAAGCUCACCGGAGAGUGAUGGUUGCAAACCACCCGGACGCAGGAGGCAGUCACUAUAUGGCUUCUAAGAUUAAUGAAGCCAAAGAGAUGAUGCUUGGCAAAUCUAAUAACACCGGUUCUGCCUUUUGAUUGUCUCAUGUGUUUGAUACGAAACUAACAAAAGUAUGUAUUUUCCAUUGGUUUUGUUAUGAAUGUAGUACGAUUUCAUCAUAUUGUUGCUCUUGUAUAUCAUUCUUUUAAGGACCCCAUUGGAUUCA